AUGAGGACUACAGACAUCAGGGACAACAUGAAGCACUACAGACAUCAGGGACAACAUGGAGCACUACAGACAUCAGGGACAACAUGGAGGACUACAGACAUCAGGGACAACAUGGAGCACUACAGACAUCAGGGACAACAUGGAGGACUACAGACAUCAGGGACAACAUGGAGGACUACAGACAUCAGGGACAACAUGGAGGACUACAGACAUCAGGGACAACAUGGAGGACUACAGACAUCAGGGACAACAUGGAGCACUACAGACAUCAGGGACAACAUGAGGACUACAGACAUCAGGGACAACAUGGAGGACUACAGACAUCAGGGACAACAUGAGGACUACAGACAUCAGGGACAACAUGGAGGACUACAGACAUCAGGGACAACAUGGAGGACUACAGACAUCAGGGACAACAUGAGGACUACAGACAUCAGGGACAACAUGAGGACUACAGACAUCAGGGACAACAUGGAGCACUACAGACAUCAGGGACAACAUGAAGGACUACAGACAUCAGGGACAACAUGGAGCACUACAGACAUCAGGGACAACAUGGAACACUACAGACAUCAGGGACAACAUGGAGGACUACAGACAUCAGGGACAACAUGGAGGACUACAGACAUCAGGGACAACAUGGAACACUACAGACAUCAGGGACAACAUGGAGGACUACAGACAUCAGGGACAACAUGGAGGACUACAGACAUCAGGGACAACAUGAGGACUACAGACAUCAGGGACAACAUGGAACACUACAGACAUCAGGGACAACAUGAGGACUACAGACAUCAGGGACAACAUGGAGCACUACAGACAUCAGGGACAACAUGGAACACUACAGACAUCAGGGACAACAUGGAGGACUACAGACAUCAGGGACAACAUGGAGGACUACAGACAUCAGGGACAACAUGA